GCUGAGGAAAGCAGUCUGCCGGAUGUCAUUGGGUAUCGAAACUGCCCAUGGGCGGUUCUGUCUCGAUGCUUCGGUCCGAGAUCCAAGCGCACGUCAAGAUUGCUCAGACAUACCCAUCGUUCCUCGAGCCGAACCUCUAUGUGGCGCGGUACUUUUUGGAGAUUUGCGAAGAAGGCGAAGGUAUCAAACCGUCGGAUAGAGACAAUGCCGCGGUCCUUGAUCAAAUGAACGUGUUGGACGAGAACGCGUUGUCGACUGAAGUCGAGUUGGUCGCGGACAACGAGGCCGCGAUUGUGGUCCUGCUUCGCAUUGUCGAGACGUACGGCAGCAUGGUACCAGCCCCAGAGUUUGACACGAAAAAACGGCUCUUUGCGCGAUUGCGGCGGCCCGACCCGUUUCCAGAUCUGUACGAGCCUGUGGCAGAGUACGACAUUCCACGCAACCAAACCUCGCUUUUGCGCAUGGCGUUGCGUUGCCUGCGCAUGAUCACCGUUAUAAAGGAUGCGCGGGAGUACAUCUAUGCCCACAGUGCGUCGAUCCCCGUGCUUAACCGAGUCAUGGACGAAAACGCUCUCGACACAUUCAUUUGCCAGGACGUCAAGAGUAUUUUCAAAAAUUUGUACGCUGGUGACGAAUCCGUGAAGCGCAUGGAGUCGGCCUCUAUCGGCGUCAUUGUCGAAUUGAUGAACGACUAUGAAGAAUCACCCAUUGUACAAUUGGCAGGCAUCAAGCGUCUUGACAAUCACGUCCGUGUUGUGCGCGACGAUGAAGACUUUGCACGCUGUAUCGACGAGAUUCUGGUGACGAACGCCGUCGCCGCUGUUGGCCGCUCACUUGCUCGUUUUCCCUCGACAUAUUCCGAUAUUUAUGUCCAUGCGUGCCGUCUCAUGGUGGCCCUUGUAUCACCGGAGCGACUCGAGGCGGACGAGGAGGCUGGACGUCCCCACGAUGAGCGCUUGUCCAAACUCAUUGGCCAGCACGGCGGUGUCGAAGCCGCGAUUCGGCUAUUAAAGCGCUCCAGAGGGUUCCACACUCAACUUGCGUCGGCGAAAGACGACCCUGUGCCUGUCGCGGUGCCGCCUCCCGUAGCCCCGACUGUCGUGAUCAAGAGGCUAACGGAACAAGAGGAGCUUGAUGCACUCAAACUGCAAAUGAUGGCUUCACCUCCGGACGACCCAAAUUCCGACGAAAUUGCAAUCAAAGCGGAAAAGGCCAAGACUACGGACUGGAAGACGUCAGAUCUUGCGCAGCAAGCUCUGUGGGCGCUUGAUGUGCUUAGCAUCUCCGAUUUCAACCGCAUUGCAAUGAAGCGAGAAAAGUUGAAGUACGUUGUGAGCGAAGUCAGUCUCGGUUCCAAGCUUAUCGUGCCUCGCCGCCUCCGCGUACUCGACUGGGCAAGCGUUGGCCACGAGCCCGAUAAAGAGGAUGGCGCGACGGACCCAAGCGACUAAGCGCAUGAUUUAAACACGCAUGUGAUCGUGCAGCUCGUGGAAGAAAUUGAAUGGAUUGCUCCGGUUGGCA